AUGCCUGAUCCGAUAUUUCAAGACGACACUUCAUCCGAUGAAUUUGAAUCCGAUGUUGGAUCGUCUUCCUUAGGAAAUCCAGAAGAACUGGAGGAACAACAAAACUUAUUGGGAACUAGUGAAGAGGAGGAGUCUUCUGAAGACGGGGAUGAAUGGGAAACCGAUGAUGAGAGCACUGACGAAGAGGAAGAAGAAUUGGUUCCAGCCAAGGCCGCUAAGAAAACGGGGAAAGCUGCUGCCGCUGCUGCAGCCACCCAAGCCCCACAGCCACAAGCUGAGAGUAGUGAAGAGGAAGAAAGCAGUGAAGAAGAUGACAGUGAAGACGAGAGCAGUACAGAAGAGCAAACCAACACUCUUGGUGCUCAAAACAAUAAUACCCCAGUAAUAGUGGCCUCCAGUGAUGAAGAAGAGGAGUCAGGAAGCGAAGAUCAUUUUCUUAACGAGCCCGCUGACAACAUUGACAGGAUGCAAGGUCAGGAACCAGUGAACGCAUAUGAUACGGAUGGCCUGGAAUCGCAAAGCAUGGACAGUGAAAGCAAUCGAAAAAACGGCCGAUCCACUGAAUAUGAUGAUGAAGAGAUCGAAUCUAGGGACGACGAGGAGGUAGAGGAAUCCAGGUGUGGCGCAAAAGCGAUCGCCAUUUGCUGCUGCUUUAUUAUCCUUGUGGGUGGAGGAAUUGCAGCUUUAUUUCUUGUUCCAGACUUGCUGAACAAGGAACCGGCUGCCACAACUGCUGUCAGCACUCCGACUCUGGAACCUUCCGCAGUACCAUCCGACAGCCCAUCCGCACCGCCGCUUCAAUUUGACGAAGAAAUUGCAGUUUCAGGAGACACACUCAUUCGGAAUGGAGCCCAGGCAGACAUGGAAUACGAUAAAUUACAGACCUUGCCAGUGGUAUUUGAUAGGACUUCUGGGGAAGAGGCACUCGCUUUGCUACAGUUCAACCUCACGGGGAUAGAUAUGACUCAGGGGGAUUUCUGGUUGCGUCUUGUCAGUGCCCAAGACGCCAACAGUAAGAAUGAAGAUGUCAUUCAAUUGAGAAGGGUAUUUGGGCUAACUGCUCCCAUUGAAAGUUUGUCAUGGAACCAAUUUCAAGCGCAGAAGACACAGCUGGGAGGCAGUGUGAGAUUCCCAGUCGACACUAAUCAAACUGUGUACAAUGUUGAGAUUUCCACUCUCGUCGUAAACACAACGGAAGAUGUUCUGACGAGUCGAAUGCGGCGGCGAGAUCUACAGGAGGAUGAUGGAAUGCUUUCCCUGUUGGUCGAAAAUUCGAGAAGCAAUAUUUUUGAAAAGCAAAGUGGAACCUUUGCGUUUCACAGUCGCGAAUUCUCCAAUGGAGCGUUGGGACCAAAAAUGUUAUACCUUUCCAGUCUUCCGGCAGCUCCUACUUCCAGUCUACAGCCAAGUUCUACACCAAGUAUUUCCAAUAUGCCAACCACGAGUAGCCGUCCAUCGACAAAGCCUUCGGCGUCUCCUUCGCAAGCUCCAUCAGUGAGUAGUCGACCGUCGCUGAGACCGUCGCAGAAUCCAUCGCUUGCUCCAUCCAAGAGUUUCAUGCCAACUGAGUCUCCCAGCCGCUCGUCGGCUCCGUCGCUGAGCCAAAUGCCAUCCGCUGGUUCCAUCCAAACCACACAGUCGUUCCAGCCGAGUGCUAGUGAAACACCCACGAGCAGUCCAUCUGGAAGUGCCAUGCCGUCUGCCAGCACGGCACCAAGUGCCAAUCCAAGUGUCGACCCAAGUAUGGCACCGAGUAGUUUUCCUUCUUUGCCGUCAGUCAGUGUGACCCCAACAUUAUCACAAGCACCAAGCAAGAGCUCGUCUCCUUCUGCGGAGCCAUCGACCUCCAAGUCUCCGUCUUUGAGCAAUGCACCAUCUAUCAAUGUGCCUCCAACAGCAUCACAAUCACCAAGCAUGAGCUCAUCCCCUUCCUCACAGCCAUCAACUUCCCAGUCUCCGUCUUUGAGCAAUGCGCCGUCAGCCGAUGCGCCUCCAACAGCAUCACAAUCUCCCUCGGAAAGUUCGGUUCCAACCAACAAUCUAGUCUCAGUCUCGACCAACCCCAGUUCCAUGCCGUCGUCGAAUCCAUCAGGAUCCAAUGCGCCAAGUAAAAGUAUGAAUCCGUCAUCCAAUCCAUCUGGAAGUGCGAAGCCUUCGGUCAGUGAGGCACCUAGCAAUGUACCAAGCUUGUCGCCAUCAAUUCUACCAAGUAUGAAUCCUUCGUCAAAUCCGUCGGGAUCCAAUGCGCCAAGUACAAGUACGAAUCCAUCAUCCAAUCCAUCUGGAAGUGCAAAGCCUUCCAUGAGUAAGGCACCGAGCAAUGUACCUAGCUUGUCACCGUCAAUCCAACCAAGUUUGAAUCCUUCGUCGAAUCCAUCUGGGUCCAAUCCGCCAAGUACAAGUAUGAGUCCAUCCUCCAAUCCAUCAGGAAGUGACAAGCCCUCCAUCAGCAAGGCACCGAGCAAUGUACCAAGCUUGUCGCCAUCAAUUUCACCAAGUAUUUAUCCUUCUUCGAAUCCGUCAGGGUCCAAUGCGCCAAGUUCCAGUAUGAAUCCGUCGUCAAAUCCAUCGGCAAGUUCCAAGCCUUCGGUUAGCAAGGCACCGAGCUUGCAACCAAGCAGUGUACCGUCCCGGUCACCAAGUACUGUGCCUUCACUAGCACCAUCCAGCAAACCGUCUGUGAGCAAGGCUCCAAGUACGGCACCAAGCAUAUCGCCUAGUCUUGCUCCAAGCACCAGCAAGGCACCAUCCAUCAACCCGACAGCCAAAGCCGCCUAA